UUCUGCAACCACACUGCCAAAGCUCCACAGCAUCUCCAGACCCCACAAAAAUGCAAACCCACAGCGCCCUCCUCUCCACUUCUCAGUACCCCAUUUUCUCUUUUGGUUGCAAUUGUGAAGGAUCAAAUUUAUCAUUGUUCCCUUGCAAUUUAAAUCUUGGGGUUGGGAGAGCAAGAAGAAAGCUUAAGGUUUGUCAGACGAGAGCUAGCUUUUGGGAAUCCAUCAGAUCCGGGUUUGUGAAGAAUAAUACAACACAAGUUAUUGAACCACCCUCCACAAACCAAGAAGAGGAAGAACCAUUGCCCGAGGAGUUUGUUCUUGUUGAAAAGACUCUAGCUGAUGGAGCAAUUGAACAGAUAAUAUUUUCUUCAGGUGGAGAUGUUGAUGUCUAUGAUCUCCAGGCCUUAUGUGAUAAGGUGGGCUGGCCCCGAAGGCCUCUAUCAAAACUAUCUGCAGCUUUAAAAAAUAGCUACAUGGUAGCCACAUUGCAUUCCUUAAGGAAAUCACCUGGAGAAGAUGAUGAAUAUACUUGGAAAAGUUAUUUGACAGAGAGGAAUGAGCAAAAGAAGCUUAUUGGCAUGGCCCGUGCUACAUCAGAUCAUGCCUUCAAUGCCACAAUUUGGGAUGUCCUUGUUGAUCCUUCAUAUCAGGGCCAGGGACUUGGAAAGGCCCUCGUUGAAAAGACUAUAAGAGCUCUUCUGCAAAGGGACAUUGGCAAUAUAACACUCUUUGCAGAUAGCCAAGUGGUGGAGUUCUAUCGAAAUUUAGGUUUUGAACCUGACCCAGAGGGCAUUAAAGGUAUGUUCUGGCACCCAAGGUAUUAGUUGCGCUUCGAGCAAGCACGAGAUACAUUGCUAUAAAAGAAGGUAUCUCCAAUGUUUCUAUUUUACAUGGGGCAUGGGACAGUAGUGAUGGAGGAUCUGCAUCUAAAUCCAUGAAUACAUUAAUUUCUAAAUUUGUAUAAUUUUGACCACAUUGAAUUUAGUGCUUCUGAUGAUUUGUCUCUUCUGUUGGGCUUUCAACCCUCUGUAUGACUUCAAAAUCUUUGCCUAAUUUGCCCAUUAAAAGAAAAUGUACAAAAAAUAAAAUUCUUAUCUUUUUAUUUCUUCUUAA